AUGGGAUUGGAAGCAGUCAUUUCCAAGUUUACAGAGCAAAUAAAUCUUUCACGUCUACCCACUCCGAAGCCAGCAAUAUUUUCUGGGAACCCCUUGGAAUAUCCAGCCUGGAACGCGGCUUUUGAGACCCUAAUUGAAAGCAGAGGCAUACCCCCCGCGGAACGGAUGCACUACCUUAAAAAAUACCUAGGCGGACCAGCAAAGGAGGCGGUUGAGGGAUAUUUCUUCCUGUCAGAGGUUGAUUCUUUCAGCGAGGCAAGGAAAAUCCUAAAGAAACGUUUUGGUGAUCCGUUUGUUAUAGGAAAUGCUUUUAGGGAGAAAGUAAAAGCCUGGAAGGUUGUUGAAUCGAGCGAUGGACCAGGAUUGCGGAAAUUGGCGGACUUUCUACGUCAAUGCGCUGCCGCCAUGAGAGUGGCCAUAUACACACUCGGAAUUCUAAAUGAUAAAAGAGAAAGUAUGGAGAUUUUGAAGAAGCUCCCAAAUUGGCUUGCAAGCCGUUGGAAUCGUAGUGUUUAUAGAUGGGUCAAGAGUCGGAGGGAGAGGGCUACGAGAGAAGGGACCUCUUUGGAAGAGGUGCCAGACUACCCCCCCCCCCCCUUUGAAUUUUUCUUGGAAUUUAUGGAGGAAGAAGCAGAACUGCAAUGUGAUCCGGUGACGUCAAUUGGUGCAUUGAGGAAACCAGGAACAGAAAACAAGAGGCUGUCCAACACCAAGGUGUUCACGAAAGGGACAGAGGCUAGAGCCUUAGCUACUGGCACUACAGGAGCUAUUGGGGGAAAUGCAGGACACACUGGGAGCUCAGUUGUCAAAAGCUGCCUUUUCUGUAAACAGAGUCACGACUUGGAUUCUUGUGGGAAGCUUCAGAAAGAACCAAUGAAGAAACGAAAAGACUUCAUUUUCAAGAAUGGUGUUUGUUAUGGAUGUUUAAAGAAGGGUGCCCAUCGUGCGAAGGAUUGUAAAAACCGGAUCAAGUGCCGUCAGUGUCAGAAGCUUCAUCCUACCAUCCUACAUGGGGACCAGAAGACUGAUCCUAAGGAGACACAGAAACCGGAACCCGGACAAGACCCCCGACAGAAGAGGCGACGACCCAGAAAAACGUGGUGCAUGGCCAGGGGAAGAACUUUGAGUAAACUGGACAUGAAAGGAACCCCUACUAAACUGAACUUGUCCACCAUGUCUAAGGAGAGACAGACAGUGGAGACUAGCAGGGUGAAAGGACUUCUUGUGAGAGGACUAAACAGUGAGCUCAAGAUCAAACUUCCUGCUACUUACACACGCGAGAUCAUGCCGUCGAAUCGCGACCAUAUUCCAACACCAAGCAUCGCACGUGAAUGGCCACAUCUAUGUGACAUAGCAGAAAAGUUUCAUCCCCAGCAAUCCUGUGAAGUUGGUUUGUUGAUAGGCUACAACUGUGCCAGAGCUUUGACACCGAGAGAGGUUGUUUGCGGAGCUGGUGAUGAACCCUUUGCCCAAAAGACGGACCUAGGAUGGGGAAUCGUGGGCAAUGUAGGACCAAGCAAGAAUCCGGAGGAUGUUUUCGGAACUAGCCAUUGUCUCAAGACCUUCGAUACUCAGUCGGAUAAGUUGGUUUUGGCUGUCCAGACAAUAGGGAUUGAUGAGGACCCUACCCCGAAACAGUUGUUCGAAGUGUUGACAAGGGACAUAAAGUACGGAGAUGAGGGUGAGGACAAGAUGUCACAGGAGGACAGGAAGUUUCUUAAUAUAUUGGAGGAAGGCAUACAUCGGACCAAGGAUGGACGUUAUGAAAUGCCACUCCCUUUGAAGACACCUGCCCCUGUUUUGCCCAACAACAAAUCCCAGGCAGAGAAGCGUCUCAGACAAUUGAGAGCCAGGUUGAGCAAGGAUGAGACAUAUCGGACCAAAUACACAGAUUUCAUGAAUGAUAUGCUGGAUAGCGGACAUGCUUCAAAAGUUCCUCAGGAUGAAGUAGACUCAGAUAAUCCAACGUGGUAUAUCCCGCAUUUUGGAGUUGUCAACCCUGAAAAGAAUGACAAAGUGCCCAUCGUCUUCGAUUGUAGUGCACGGUACAAAGACACAUCACUGAAUGAUAAUCUGCUCCAAGGACCAGAUCUUACAAACAACCUCCUAGGAGUACUUAUGCGUUUCCGGCAGGAGCCAGUGGCACUUCAGUGUGACAUCAAGAAGAUGUUUCUGAAUUUUAGAGUGAACCCUGAACACAGAGAUAUGUUGAGAUUCCUGUGGUGGCCAGACGGAGACUUGGAAAAGGAACCCACCAUCUACCGUAUGAAUGUACACCUAUUUGGAGCGACUUCGUCCCCAGGAUGUGCCAAUUUUGCCCUGAGACGUAUGGCAGAAGACUACGAAGAUGAGUUUGGCUCCGUCAUUUCAGAUUUUGUGAAAAGGAACUAUUAUAUGGAUGAUGGAAUAGGUUCGACCAAAACCGAUGAGGAGGCAAUAGGAUUGUUCACUAAGAAUAAAGCCAUGUGUGGAAAAAUAGGCCUGGAACUCCACAAAGUAUUGUCUAAUUCACCAGGAGUGAUGCAGAGCAUCGCAAAGGAAGAUUUGGCACAGGGAGUAAAGGAUCUGGAUCUGUCAGUGGAUACCCUACCUAUAGAAAGGACACUAGGAGUAUUUUGGUGCAUUGAAAAGGACAUCUUUCAAUUUCGGAUCACUUUAAAAGACAGGCCCUUUACUAGGAGAGGAGUAUUGGCGACCAUUGGAUCAGUCUAUGGCCCUCUAGGGAUGGCAGCGCCUGUUGUUCUUGUGGGAAAGAGGAUCUUACAGGAGCUGUGUGCGGAUGGGGCUGAUUGGGACGACCCUCUCCCAGAGAAUUUGCGAGCAAAAUGGGAGACCUGGAUUUGGAACAUGUGA